AUUUUGUUCCUUUUCUUCAAUUCAAUUCGUACGUUUGGGGAAGAAGGUUCAGAGCAAUAGCUAUGGAGACAAUUCCUGUCAAGACUAUGAUUCCUUCAACUUCACUCAUUCACAAUCGUGCUUUCAAAAGGAAUACAACAACAACACACAUAACCUCUUCUAGAAGAAUUUCAAGUUCAAGACAUUUUCGCUUUUCUAUUCAUUCCAAAUUCUCUGAUACUAAUUUUCAAGAUUUUCAGAGUUAUACCAGACCAUCAGUUGUUUUGCCAGCCUCUGACGUGAAAGUAUUCACAGAUACAUCAUUAGAAAAUACUUUAUCUUCCCUCAAGGAGGAUAAAACCAAAUCUUUAUUCAGGGUCAAGUUGGUUACCAGCAACUUAUAUGGCUCAAAUAUAAGUGACUUCAAUGCUGGAAUUCUCCUAUGCUUGAUAGACGAAGAUGGAAAUUCCAUAUUGAAAAGAAUACCAGUGAGUUUGAUGACCAAUCAUUCUACAGAAUCAGGGGAUAUACUUCAUUUCCAAAGAGGUUCCAUUGAUGAAUUCAUUUUUGAGGGUCCAAAAAUUGCAAGAAUUGAGGCUAUUUGGGUCGGUGUUGAUUCGGGUCAAUGGCGACUAGGAAAUAUCUCCUUAAUAGUCAUUAAUUCUGAAUGGCAACCAUCAUUGCCAGAAAAAGAGGUAGCGCCGUACACCGGAUUCCAAUACGAAUUUCGAAUUGAGGAUGCAUUGCUUGGUGAAGGAACUGAUCUAUCCAUGUUGGAAUUAAGACCUAACCUUGUGACUCAGCUUGAAGGGACGGAUCCUAUAAGUUUGUUCAAAAAAGAACUUUAUGACAGUACAUUGCUCCCAACUCCUGUGAUCUCAAAGGAAGAAAGCAUGGAGGAAUACACAAAUUUGAAAUUCUCAUUGCUAUUUUAUGAUGCUGUGCUGAUAUUUUUCGGCACAUCAAUUGCUUCCCUCUCAGCUGGUGAAAAUACCGGGUUCGCUUUCUUUGUUGGUGGGAUUGGAGGCUUCUUGUAUCUGCUAUUGUUGCAGAGGUAUGUGGACGGAUUGCCAGGUUCAAAAUUAAUCACAAGCAACAAAGGAGGAACCGAUGCAUUGUUUAAAGGAUUGAAGGGUCCUAUAGUAAGUGUGGCAUUGGCUUUAGGGUUUGCUGUAUUUCUAGUGAAGUAUAGCUCAGGAGAUGAUGUUGAAGUGUUCUUAACACCAAAAGAUAUCAUAGUUGGAAUGAUGGGAUUUCUUGCAUGUAAAGUUUCUGUGGUGUUGGCUGCAUUUAAGCCUAUAACACUUGGACAGAAGUUACCUGGUGACAUGUAAUUAUACACUUUUAUACAAGAAACAACAUUACACACAACUCUAGUGAUACACUAUGUUAGGCAUAAUAACUCAACACAAAUGUUAUACUUUUAUUAGUCAUUUCAUGCAUAUAUGAAUGGAAUUUAUGUAUUUCGACAGUGUAAAUACUUUUAUAUUGUCAAUCAA